AAGGAAACAGUCAGGGUGUAGUUUAAACAUUGAGCGGUUGGCGGCGGCGCAUGUGAUUGGCUCUCAUUCCGCUCGUGAUGCUUUGAGUUGUCCAAUGAAAUACGAGUUUAUGGGUUUGGCCUAUUAAAAGAGGCAAUCUGAUAGUUCCGUAUCUCUUUGAAAAUUAGCAUAGGGCAGUAUAAUAAAUACCUCUGUAUUGCUCCUGACUUUACGUUGUUUCGUACAGAUUGUGAACAAACAGCAUCAUGCCUGAACCAGCGAAGUCUGCGCCUAAGAAGGGCUCCAAGAAGGCCGUCACCAAGACCGCCGGUAAAGGAGGAAAGAAGCGCAAGAGGUCCAGGAAGGAGAGUUACGCUAUCUACGUCUACAAAGUCUUGAAGCAGGUUCAUCCUGACACCGGUAUCUCUUCCAAGGCGAUGGGUAUCAUGAACUCUUUCGUUAACGACAUCUUCGAGCGCAUCGCCGGUGAGUCGUCUCGUCUCGCUCACUACAACAAGCGCUCCACCAUCACUUCUAGAGAGAUCCAGACCGCCGUGCGUCUGCUGCUGCCCGGAGAACUGGCCAAACACGCCGUGUCCGAGGGCACCAAAGCAGUGACCAAAUACACCAGCUCCAAAUGAGGUGAUGUGACUUUAACCACCCCAAAGGCUCUUUUAAGAGCCACCCAUUUUCUCAGAUAAAGAGCUUUCAGUGUUUCAGCGGCAUGUCUUGUGACAAAUUUCAGAAGUUCGAUUCCGUAGUUUCAUUUUGGUGGUACUCUAGAACUGGUUUGAGGACCGCUGCAAUAAGUAACCUACAAAAAUACAAUAUGUUGAUGUAUUUAUUCUUGAUGUGAGUUUCUAAUGAUUUACCAGUAGUUUAGUGACUUGAGCAAAAACUUGUAAAGUAAGCUACAUGCAGGAUAAAAGUAUUUGACGACCGCAGAUGACUUAAACAGUGAUUGAAAUUUGGGGUAAAUAUGGCUCACAUGUACUUGCCUAGGUAAAAGGCAAAAUCAUAUCAUAAACGGAAGAUACUGAAGAAAAUAUUCAUGUAGCCUACAUUGUAUAUUUGUAAUCUAUAUACAUGAAAUGAUACAUUGUUGAAUAAGUCAGGCUUUUUGCAGUAGAGAAUUCAAAUCAACACACUUUUAUUUGAUAAAUAACUGAUAAGUAGCUGGGUUGCCAAGUACCCAACCAGAAUUUGCAAUUUGAAUAUAUUUGUGCAACUUGGUGUUAAUGAGUGUUGAUUAUUGUUUCAUCAAUCACUUUAUUGUUAAAUCAUCUUUUCAUUUUCCACCUAAAUGAAAACUUUAAUUUCAGUUUUGUUGUUUUGGUAAAAAAUUA